AUGGAGGAUGACCUUGGCCCAAGUGCUUCUGGUCCAGAGGGGCCCCGAACAAACAUCGACCUCAAACAAAUUCAGUUCAUGACCCAAACCCUACAAGAGUGUUAUGCUAUAGGAAAACUAUACGAGAACAUAUUUCGCGGCAAUGAACCCUUGGCCCCGAGGCUGAUAGAAACCGCCAACCCCGAAUUGGAAAAGAUUCUCCUGAAGCUAUUUGGUGGCCCUCCGGUAUGCCUAGAUGAGCCCGCAAAUCCAGUCGCAUGCGACCCAGUAUCUCAGUCCCAACUUCUGGUGCAGUGGUCUGAGAUUCUCCGCCAAAAGAUGAAAGCGAGCGACUUUGAAGUCCAACCAAAUGGCACCUAUUGGUGUCGCGCACAGGGAUUGCUCAUUGAAGUAUCUGAGGAUAACUACCACAUGAUCCUCUCCGGACUGCCACAGCGGAUGGUCAAGCCUCUGUCAGAGGCACAGAGAGAGCGCGAAAUUGUAUACAAGGCGAGGGAUGACUUUUCGGAGUGCUUGGUUACUAUUAAGAAACUUUCUCGGAUGCUUCCUGAUCUCAUUGGUAACCUGGAAAUGCGGAUCGAUCGGCUUGUGCAUAAACCCGGGGACGAAACGACCCAGGUGGAUAUUCCAUCGUCUUUGAAUCCACCAGAAAGAUCACCCAGCAUUCUCGAGUUGGGAGCUCGUGAGGUCAGCGGCGAACGAUGCCUUAAUGAUCGCAGUUCAGGCAUGCAGGUCUCGGAUUUGGGCUCAACCGGAUCUGAUAUUACCUUCAGACCUCAAAGAGAAGUAGGAUCAAAAUGUCGACCUAAAAAAGCUGGACGCCAGUUACCGCGCCGUUUCUUGACUCCAAACCCCUUUUCCAAGAGGCUGGGAUCUUUGAAUAGCAACAGAUACAAAUCUCGAGGGAUGAGAAUCACGAAGGCAGCAAAAACACCAAAGAGAUUGCAUGAGCGAAAAUCGCCGAAUAUUCCCUAUACUGAACAGGAGAUAGCCGAAGGAUAUGAACUUGUGCAGUCUCUCUUGGACCGGGAAGUUUCCGCAGAUGACAUCCUACAUGCGUAUGAAUCUACGUUCGGGAUUCGUCGAACGAUGCAAGCGCUGAAGGUAAAGUUCAAGGUUCAAGAACCAAAGAACUCUGUUACAGCUCGGAAACCAAAGCAUAAAGUGAACAAAACAGGACAAGUGUACGUUCAAUACUCUAGUCAGGAGGUAGCUGAAGGGUCUGACUUCUUGAAGUCUCUUGUUGACCAGAAAGCUGACGUGAAGACGAUUUUGAAUGCUUAUGAAGCAAAAUUUGGGGCGCGUCGAACUUGCAUUGCUCUUUACGCGAGGUACAGAAUACCGGAGUUGAACCCUAACAAGGUGUACUCUGACCAGGAGAUCACUGAAGGAUAUAACUUCUUACAGUCUCUUCUGGAGCAGGGAGAUGACAUGGAUGCAAUUAUGGACGCGUACGAAUCCAAGUUCGGGGUUCGCCGAACUUUCAAUACCCUUAGUCAAAAGUUUAAGCUACCAGGCAUGAUGCUUCUAAAGAGAACGGCGGCCCCAACAGCAAAUAACCUCAAGAAUGCACAAAAGCCCUCAGGUCCAUUGACUGACUCGACCGGGGGGCCAGAAAAGUACACUCACCUGGAGAUGGCCGAAGGAUAUGACUUCUUGAAAAAUCUCAUUGAGAAAGGAGCUGAUGCGGCCACGAUUGUAACUUCAUACGAAGCAAAGUUCGGUUUUCAUCGAAGUUACUUAAGCCUUCUGUUGAAGUUCAAGUUACGGAACUUGAAUCCACCGAAGGGAACGUCUUCUCCCCGAUAUUCUGAUCAGGAGUUUGCCGAAGCACCUGCUUUUGUGAUGUCUCUUAUUCAACAGGGCGCUACUGAGGAUGAGAUUGAGGCUGCGUACGAGGCAAAAUUCGGAGCUGCUCGAACCUACCUCGCAAUUCGGUGCAAAUUUGGCCUACCAUACUCAUUGCACAGUGUCCAGAGGGAAAAUCAGGAGGACAGCAUGCCACAGCCCGACUACGAUGAUUCGGAUUUCUAG